AUGACGACGACGACGACGACGACGGUGGUCCAGCCGUCGCCCGGGACCGCGACGGGGAGAGCACGGCGGGCGGCCCGGGUGCUUUCCGGCGCUCUGCGGACAAAAGCGGGGCGCCCUCGGCCAUUCGCAUACGGCCAACGCGCAUGGGCUGCCCGCCCUCGGGACUCCGGCCGAUGGCUCGAGCACGGCCCCGCCGUGCCCUUCGGCUUCUACACCGCGAGGGCGGCGGACCCGGAUCGCGCCGGAGGGAGGUGGGGCACGGCCGCCGCCCCGCACGGCAACGGCUACCAGGACGCCGGCGGCGGGGGGCACCACCACGCGGACGGGGUGCUCUACCUGGGGUCCCGGGGGUCGCUGGCUGACACCUUGCCCCUGCACAUCGCGCCCCGCUGGUUCAGCGCGCACAGCGGAUUCAAGUGUCCUGUCUGCUCCAAGUCUGUGGCAUCCAAUGAAAUGAAGGUUCACUUCAUCAUGUGUCUAAGCAAGCCACGCCUCUCUUAUAAUGAUGACGUGCUGGCAAGAGAUGCCGGUGAGUGUGUGAUCUGUCUAGAGGAACUGCAGCAAGGGGACACCAUAGCCAGACUGCCAUGCCUCUGCAUCUACCACAAAAGCUGCAUAGACUCGUGGUUCGAGAUCAACCGGUCCUGCCCCGAGCACCCCUCCGACUGAGCGACCAGCCGGCGCCCUCUGAAUGCUGUUCAAGGACAAGUCGGGGAUCCUGCCGUGGACGUCUGGACACAGACGUCACCAAAUCUGAUGAACCCAUCAAAGCGCCCAACUCAUGCUUAUCCCGCCGGAAUCCAUCCCCCUAACCGAGAUCAUGAAUCCCUUGUGAGCUGAACCCAGAAAAUGAUCCAUCGUCCACUAAAAGGGGCCCCUCCCCAGGCCCCUGGUGUCACAUCUGCUCCAGGCUAACAGCGCUACAUUAGCCGCAGGCUAACAGCCCUUCAUCCCAACGCAGCAGCUCGCCUUCCACCUCGCGUCUGUGACCCGUCUGUGAUCCGUGUCCAACCCCCGGGAGGGGGAGGAGGGGGGGGG